AAAAUACAAAUAUAAUAAAAAUUUGGAAAAAUCGUUUAAAUAAUAUAUAUAUAUACAUAUAUACAUUGCAUACUCUGUCAAACGGCAAUUUGAGCGUAGUGUUUUAAAGCUUUUAAUCAACGCUUCAAAGAAUCUGGAAAUAUAAUCUCUUAUUCCUGCGUAUAAAAUAAAAAUAAAAAUAAAAAUUUAAAUUAAAAUAAAAAUUAAAAAUAACCAAACACAUACAUGUAUAUGUGUAUGUAAUUGCUUCAUUAGUGUUCGUGCUUGUUCGUGUAAAUGUCAGUUUGAAAGUGUUGUAAAAAAAAAAAAAUUAUUAAAGUAGCAGUUUUAAGCAAAAAGUGGUAAUUACAAAUUCAAUAAUAAUUAAAUAAAGAAAAUAUAAUAUUUAUAAUUUUUUUUUAAACCAUAAAUUAAAAUCCAUUGCAUACAAAUAUUUUACGACUACCCAAAGUCUCGUGUCGCGCGUAAAUUGUGUACACGCCACCACACUGUUGUUGUUUGCUAGCAAUUCCUCAUUCAUUUGUAUGGCACAUUGUUGAAUGGCGGCCAUUGUCGGCCCCAAAAGGCAAACCGUGAACGGAAUACGAGCCCAACCCAACCCAAAAUCCAUUUCCUCCAAUACCAAUCAUACAACAACCAAUCCUCUUCAAAAUCAUAACCACAUUGGCAUACGCAGCAGCAGCACCAGCAGCAGCAGCGGCGGUCAUAUAUUAAAUGCUAAUCGUAGUUUAAGUGUCGCCAACAACUGCUUUAACAACGCCAACACCUCUAGCUUCAUUCGACAGCAGCAGCAACAGCAACAGCAACAACAACAACAACAGCAACAACAACGUCAACAACAGCAACAACAACAGUUUGGUCAUAAUACAUCAGUAGCAUCCAACAUCGUUGCUACCGCUGCACCUACGCCGCGUUCCCGUUCGCGUAUUUCAAUGAGCGUAUCAAUGUCACUUGUACAGGGAGGAGCUGCUGGCGGUGCCCCACAAGGUGCCAUUUUAGCUGCUGCAGCACCAUAUUAUCAACCACCAGCUGUGCCACAGGAUGUGCAACCGGAUCGUCCCAUUGGCUAUGGUGCAUUUGGAGUUGUAUGGGCAGUCACAGAUCCACGCGAUGGACGACGAGUUGCACUUAAAAAGCUUCCAAAUGUCUUUCAGUCGCUGGUAUCAUCGAAGCGAGUAUUUCGUGAACUGAAAAUGCUCUGCUUUUUCAAGCAUGAAAAUGUACUCUCAGCGUUGGACAUUUUACAACCACCUCAUUUGGAUUUCUUCCAAGAAAUAUAUGUGAUAACCGAACUCCUACAGUCAGAUCUCCAUAAAAUAAUCGUCUCACCACAACAUCUCUCCGCCGAUCACAUUAAAGUGUUCCUCUACCAAAUAUUACGCGGUCUCAAGUAUCUACAUUCGGCGCGUAUACUCCAUCGUGACAUCAAACCCGGCAAUCUGUUGGUCAAUUCAAAUUGUGUGCUGAAAAUAUGUGAUUUCGGUUUGGCGCGCGUCGAAGAGCCCGAUCAGGCUAAACAUAUGACACAAGAGGUUGUAACACAAUAUUAUCGCGCACCGGAAAUUUUAAUGGGCGCUCGACAUUAUUCAUCCGCUGUGGAUGUUUGGUCAGUUGGUUGCAUUUUUGGCGAAUUACUCGGUCGUCGCAUACUGUUUCAGGCACAGAAUCCCGUACAGCAACUGGAGUUGAUUACAGAACUGUUGGGCACACCCUCCAUGGAGGAUAUGCGGCAUGCAUGCGAUGGCGCACGUUCACAUAUGUUACGUCGCGCACCCAAACUGCCAUCAUUUUCAGCAUUGUAUACGCUUAGUUCGCAUGCGACGCACGAAGCUGUGCAUCUGCUGUGUCAAAUGCUUGUCUUCGAUCCGGAUAAGCGCAUCACCGUGACGGAUGCUCUGGCGCAUCCGUAUCUGGACGAGGGUCGUCUACGUUAUCAUUCAUGCAUGUGUAAAUGCUGUUUCACUACCUCGGCCGGCAUGCGUCAAUAUACGGCCGAUUUUGAGCCAUCAGCUGGUCAGCCAUUCGAUGAUCUGUGGGAGCGUAAAUUGACAUCGGUGCAGCAAGUUAAAGAGGAAAUGCACAAAUUCAUCGCGGAACAACUGCAAACGGGUCGCGUACCGCUCUGUAUAAAUCCGCAAAGUGCGGCAUUCAAAAGUUUUGCUAGUUCAACGGUAGCGCAUCCUUCCGAAUUGCCGCCAUCGCCGCAUCAAUGGGAAUGACGGCAAAAUGAGGCCAUAGCCGCCUAAAAGUAGAUAAUAAUUAAAACAAAUACAAAUACAAACAACUAAAUAAAUAUCUAAAUAAAUUAAUUAAUAAUAGUAGACAACAACAACAACAACAACAAAACAGCCAACAAUACCACCCAAUUUAACCAAAUUCUUUUCAUUUAAAUUUAAUUAAAAGCGAAGGAAAAGCAGAGCGCUCAUGAGAGCGAAAUGCUAGAGAAAUGCAGAGAAAAUAGUACAUACAACAGGCUGCAAGCUGCAGACGAGCGCGGGUAUAAAUUAGUAGCAACAACAACAGCAGCAGCAGCAACAAGAGAGCGUAGACCAGAGACCAGAGAGUGACAGCGACAAAUAUAAUAUAAUAUAAUAUAAUAUAAUAAUUAAUUAUGAUAAAUGAUAAUGUUAAUAGACUCUUUAAUUUUUAAGUAUAAAGCAACGAUUUUAAUUUUUAAGUAAGUUCAAGAGCGAGAAGUAAAUGAAAAAUUUGAAAAAAGAAAAACAAAACAAAGAGAAUGAAAAAACAAAAAUAAGUUGAGAACAACAACUAAGCCGAAAAGGCAAUGAGAAAAUGCAAAUGCAAAAUUAAAUAUGCAAAACAGAUGUAUAUUAAAUAGAUAAUGGAUGGUCCAAGCGUAGGGAAACAUGACAAAUGUAGCAUGGCGUAUGAAGCGUAAAAAAAAGAAAACGAAAAAAACGGACAGUAAUCAUUCCAUCACCACCGAAAAAGAAAAACAAAAACAAAAAGAAUAAAAUAAAAUAAUUCAAGCAAAAUGUUACUCUUUUGCUUAAAGGCGACACCUGGCGUGGGCGAGAGGCAGUGAGCAGCUUUUUUUUCGAGAGCAACACUAGUCGUCAGAGAAGCGUUGAAAAGAGACGUACAUAUGUAUAUGAAUGGAAAGAAGGAAAGAGAGUAUGGCGAGCACAUAAUUAAAGAUGCAGAACAGCAUAAAGCGCGAUUGCAAUAUUUAAAUGGAAGGCAAAAUGCGGGAGCAACUGUUAUUGGGAACAGUUGGGAGCUAAUUAUAGUUGCAUACAUAUAUGUAAAAGGACUGCAGAGGAAACUAUCUGAAAAAAAAAACAGUUCACUGAGGCAAGAGGACACGCAGAAAAACAGUAACGGCUAGCUUUGCCGCCCAUCGUUUAACCGUUAUUUCCUUAAAUUGGUAAUGGACGUAAGCAAAAGCUUAACAGUUAAAACAAGUUGAGGGCAACAGAAGACCCCAAAUAUGAUAUGAUCUUACAUAUAUACAUAUGUAUGUAUGUUUGUGAGCAAUUAAAUUUAGUGCAUGUCGGAAUAUGUAUAUGUAUGUAAAAACAAGCAGAAUUAAGCAAAAAGUUUUGCAAUUAAAGAAAGAAAGAAAAUUACAAAAACUCUUAAUUUAAUGUAAACAACAAAUUCUUAACUGUAUAUUAACUAUAUAUCAUAUAUAUGAUUAAAAGGUGCAUAAAUGUAAUUACAAAAACAAAGAAGAAGUAAAAAAAUUACAAAAGCAAAUGUGUGGGUACUACGAAGAAAGAUAAAGAGACAGAGUAAAGAAAUUUAAAUGCAAAAUAAAUAUAUAUGUAUGUAUAUAAACGUAUAGUUGUAUGUAGCACUAAGCGAAAAACUAAAAGCAAAAAACAGAAAACAAAAAUUAAGCAAAAUUACAACAAGUAUUCACGCCU